GGCGGGGAGGACCUGUGGGACUGCAUAUGCAAAGGCUUACUUCAUAUUAAUGAGCACCAAUCGCGGCUUUAAGUCCUUGAUUAGGAGAGUGCCGCAGCUUUUGGUCCCAGCCGACUAUGCCUAUAGGCUUGUCACCAGGAGAACGCGUGUACUAAUUGCAGUGCUCAGUCACCGAACGAGGAAGCUCUGAGAACAGGGACAGCGAGACAGCGAGAGAGAAGGACACAGAGAGAGAGAGAGAGAGAGAGAGAGAGAGAGAGAGGGGAAAAAAAAAACUUUGAUUUAUAGAGGGGUUUGCACAAAUGAUGUUGCCAGAACGCACAUGGAUUCGGUAGAAGUUUCCCUCCCAGAGUGUUUUUCCCUGCACUCUGAUCAAGAGUAGAAUGAAUUUAUCAAAGGCCCAAGUUAAUAGCGAAGAUAAGUACGGCAAAUGCACAGCGUGGAGAAUGCCACAACAUUACGACCUCGAGGCCAGUCACGUGCGCGACGCGCAUGCUCUAUAUAACCAAAGGCUCCUCUGCAGAAUGUCAAGCAAGGACCGCCACAUUGAGUCAAGCUGCCCCUCGUACAUCAAGACGGAGCCCUCGAGCCCGGCCUCUCUCACCGACAGCAUCAACCACCACAGCCCCGGGGGUUCCUCGGACGCCAGCGGCAGCUACAGCUCCACCAUGAACGGCCACCAGAACGGCCUGGACUCGCCCACCCUGUACGGCCCCAACGCCGGCCUGGGCCCCAACGCCGCCGCCGCCGCCGCGGCCGCCGCCGCCAAGCGCUACGAGGACUGCUCCAGCACCAUCACCGAGGACUCGCAGAUCAAGUGCGAGUACAUGCUCAACUCCAUGCCCAAGCGGCUGUGCCUGGUGUGCGGAGACAUCGCCUCAGGGUACCACUACGGCGUGGCCUCCUGCGAAGCCUGCAAGGCCUUCUUCAAGAGGACCAUCCAAGGGAACAUCGAGUACAGCUGCCCCGCCACAAACGAAUGUGAGAUCACCAAGCGCAGACGGAAGUCCUGCCAAGCCUGCCGCUUCAUGAAGUGUCUAACGGUCGGCAUGAUGAGAGAAGGUAAGCGGGGAGGUGAGUGUGUAUGGAUGUGUGUGUGUAUGUGUGUGUGUGUGUCGCCGUGGACAGCAAAGGUAAGUUACACACACACAAACAAUGACAAUGUAUGUAUUUUGGUAGAGUGUGUCGUAGUGUAUUAAAAUGUGUGUGUGAGUGUGUGAGUGAGAGAGAGAAAGUCAUUCCACCAUUUUAAAUAGCUUUUUCCCCAACUGAUACCUCUCCUAGUCCCUCAGCCUGCCAAAGGGAAGCCGAAAAAACACAAGACUUGUAAACAAAUAAA